AUGACCGCGCAGCCAUACACCAGAUCAGUGAUACCGCGGUUGCUGAACGCAGCCAAAACAGUCAUCCCCAUCUACUGGAAGCAGGCGAACACACCCCCGAUAACACGAUGGCUAGAGGAAGUGGAAACCACUAGGAAAUUUGAAGACCUAAUGGCAAACACUCCGAAACUUCGAGACCGAUAUACCACACGCUGGUUCCACUGGAUACGAUUAACCGCAUCAAACGACUUUCAACGCCACCUGGCCACACGGUAACCAAGAAUGAUGAGACGGAGGGGGCUAAGGAUGGGGUCGGGGCGGGAGGCAGAGAAGGGGGGCGGACAACGGCGGCGGUAG